AGUUUUUCCUCCUUCAUGCAACAUAGAAAAGAAUUUUCUCUCUUUAAAUUACCUUGCGGGAUACCUGCAACCAAAAACAGCAGAGGGGUGCCUUAUGUCUAACUUAGUCCAAGAAAGAGAAGUUCAUAUCAUUGAACUAAUCACUCCAAAUUCCAAUCCAUACAGUGCUUUCCAGGUGGAUAUAAUCGUUGACAUUAAACCAUCUCAACCAGGUGCCAAACUUGUCAGAGACGUCGUACUUAUCCUCAAGUGUAAAAAGUCUGUCAAUUGGGUUAUCAAGUCGCAUGAUGUCCAGGGAAAGCUGGAAGUGAUUACAUCAAACAGUAUUGGUUUUGGAAAGGAAACAGAACGAUCCAUGACUAUGAGUAAGUCAGUAGUACCUGAUAUACCCUCAUCACAUGAGAGUUUGAUCAAGUGGGCUUAUGAGCAUAACUAUAGCCCAGUUACUUCCUACACAAAAGCCCCUGUUGCUAACAGAUUUCAUCUGCAACUUGAAGAUACAGAAGAGAUGAAUGAUGAAGAAGACCAUUCCCUUCCUCCAGAGCUAACAGAAUUGCUGGGUGCUAACCCACUGCCUGCUCCAAAGAAUCCUGCAUUAAGUGAUGGCCUGACUUUUCCUUUUCACAUUAACAGAGGAAGACAUGACACAGUGGGAGAUGGAAUCUUCCCGUCCAGGGAUUCAGUGGAUGCAUUAAUAAAUCAUGACUUUGAGCAUUCCCUCUCAAAACACAAAGAACCUGAAGAGGUUCAGGGCAGUGCUGAUGUAGCCCUGUCAAUAAAGUGUGAUGACAAAGUCAUGACAGUAGCUGUAGAAAAAGACUCUCUGCAGGCUAGUGGCUACACAAGGACAGAACUCUCGCUGCUGGAUCACUCUUGCAAAGCCAGGAUGAAUGGUACCCAUUUCAUUUUGGAGUCUUUGCUGAACAAAUGUGGGACUCGGACAGCAUAUAUCUUGAACAAGAUUGUUUAUUUUAAUUCUAUUGUCAUUCAGCUGUCAUCACCAGCUGAAAGCAGCGGCUUUGAUGAUGAUGACAUGGAGUCGGGUGAUAAUGGAUUUCCAGGGGAUGCUGAUGAGGGAGAUGUUGCUUUCUCAAGCUGGCCUGAAAUAGCGUUCAAUUGCACGCUGCACCAGCCAGAGGAUGACAGAGGCAUGUUCUGGCCUCCUGAACCACACAUCACCAAUGUGACCUUCAACAUGGAGCUGUACAAAACAGAUCUGUUCCUUGCUCCCUCCCAAGGACUCUUCUCUGUUGCUGAGAAUGGGCCAAUAUAUGUAGAGGUGUCUGUGACUAAAGCUGACAGAUCCUUGGGUUUUGCUAUUCAAACAUGCUUUGUUUCCCCGUUUUCAAAUCCAGAUAGAAUGUCUGACUACACCAUUAUAGAAAACAUUUGUCCUAAAGAUGAAUCUGUUAAAUUCUACAGCAUUGAAAAGGUGAACUUUCCAAUACCACAUGCACAGAAGGACAAAAAAAGAUUUAGCUUUGUGUUUAAACCAAUGUUCAACAUCUCACUGCUCUUUCUUCACUGCGAGUUGACUUUGUGUACAAAUAAAGACAAAGAUACUCAAGGACUGCCAAAGUGCAUUCCUCCCGAUGAAGCUUGCACCUCUCUCAAUGUGGAUAUGAUCUUGGCCAUGAUGCACAACAAGAAAACCUUCACCAAGCCCCUUGUAGUAACACAUGAAGGAAAACCAGAAGAUCCUUCCCUUCCAAAGCCAAAUGUGAGACAGCCACCUGUGUUCUACGGUCUGGACACGCUGACUGUCGUGGGCAUUGCCUUUGCGGCAUUUGUAAUUGGAGCCCUGCUAACCGGAGCACUCUGGUUUAUCUACUCUCACACAGGGGAAACAGCGGGAAGACAGCAGGUCCCCACGUCCCCACCAGCCUCGGAGAACAGCAGUGCAGCGCACAGCAUUGGCAGCACGCAGAGCACCCCGUGUUCUAGCAGCAGUGCAACCUAGCUCCCAGGGAAGGCGGCUGAGGAGCAGCAUAGGAGUGUAGAGGUUCAACGGACUGUGUGUGGACACAAGCUUUUUAAAGUUGAAAGGAUUGGUUUGGUUGCCUUUGAAAAAAAUGAGGAGGGAUUUUUCUACAGGAAAAAAAAAAAAAAGGACUGAUUUUCUUUUGGGGAAGCCACUGUGUGUGUGAGUGUGUCUAUGUGCACACAAUGCAUGGGUAAACGCAGCCUGUUGGAUCUUCUAUGGCAUGUUGUGCUACAUGUGACAAAGCUACUCAUUUUACAGUACUGCAACCUGUUCUAGAGGUCCAUGGGCCCUCAAUGUGAAAUCUAUGCCAGUUUGGAGAAAUGCUGCUUUGUCUAUACGACUUCUUUCUUGCCCUAAACCUUCUCAUUGACACAAGGUAUUCAUUAAGGGAAUUCAACAAGAUAAGCAGAACAAAAAUGGUCUUGGGUCAAAGGAUUUCUAUUUGUCUAAGCAAGAAAGCCUUAAGGUCAGAUCUCUUUGGUUAAUAACAUUUUAUUACUUCAGCUAUGUUUAUCCACUUUUGAGUAACUAACCUUUGUUUUGUUAAGCUUACAGCUACAGCAUCUCAUUUGCUUUCCUGUUGUGUUUGCAGCUUCAGGUUUGUUCCAGGUAUUUUUGUUUUAAUAUGCAUUGAUUUGCUAAUUGGAGAAGAGCACACUGUAACAUUCCC